GCGUUCUUUUUAUUGGAUUAGACAAGAAGUCUAUCCGGCGGCAGCCAUCAUUGCCGUGGUGAGGGACAAGUUCUCUCGGAAUUGGUGGAAUAUUUUGGCCAAAUGCGGCACUAAGUAUUAAAGUGCUGGUUGUGCCUAAAUAUUUCCACACCCAAACAUCACAAUGUUGCUUCGGCUCCAACAAGCGAUACACCUGGUAGACAGUGUCGGAUCCAACAUGCACAAGAUCUCCACAAGAUGCAGUCAUGGAUUCAAAACCGCAGCUCGCUUCUAUUGCCAGAAGGCAGAGAAGGAGGCGGUACCAAUCCGUGGCACCCCAUACAAGAAUCUAACCAUCGGCGUUCCACGGGAGGUUUUCCCCAAUGAACGCCGAGUGGCCCUGUCGCCAGCUGCAGUGCAGAACUUGAUCAAGAAAGGCUUCACGGUCAAUAUACAGGAGAAUGCUGGCGUGGAGGCCAAGUUUCUUAACGAGGAUUAUGCAGCGGCUGGUGCCAAUAUAAGUGCGGCAAAGGAUGCUUAUGAAUCAGAUAUUGUCUUAAAGGUUCGGGGACCAGAGUCUUCUGAAAUAGGUUCAUUUCGAGAAAAUGGUACAUUGAUCAGUUUCUUGUACCCAGCACAAAACAAAGCUCUUCUAGAUGAACUAGCCCAAAGGAAGUUGACAGUGUUUGCGAUGGAUUGUGUUCCUCGUAUCAGUCGCGCUCAGGUCUUUGACGCACUCAGUUCCAUGGCUAAUAUUGCUGGCUACAAGGCCGUGGUGGAAGCUGCCAAUAACUUCGGCAGAUUCUUCACAGGUCAAAUUACAGCAGCGGGAAAGGUGCCCCCUGCAAAGGUUUUGGUUAUCGGAGGGGGUGUAGCUGGUCUGUCAGCUGUUGGAACAGCCAAAAAUAUGGGAGCCAUUGUAAGAGCAUUUGACACAAGAGCUGCUGUGAAGGAACAAGUCGAGUCCUUCGGUGCAGAGUUCUUGGAAGUCAAUGUGAAGGAAUCGGGUGAAGGUGGGGGUGGGUAUGCCAAAGAAAUGUCCAAAGAGUUCAUCGAAGCAGAGAUGGCACUGUUUGCCAAACAGGCGAAGGAGGUAGACAUCAUUAUCUCCACUGCUCUCAUCCCAGGGAAGAAGGCUCCCAUUCUCAUCAAGAAGUACAUGGUUGACUCGAUGAAGCCAGGGUCUGUAGUUGUGGAUCUGGCUGCCGAGGCUGGAGGCAACAUUGAAACCACGGUCCCUGGUGAAAUCUCCAAGUACAAUGAUGUGGUGCACAUAGGCUACACCGACUUUCCGAGUCGUCUUCCCACUCAGUCCAGCACGCUGUAUGCCAACAACAUCUCCAAGUUUCUCCUUUCUAUUGGAGAGAAGGAUCACUACAACGUGAACCUGGAAGACGAGGUAGUCCGAGGCUCCAUCAUCCUGCAGGAGGGCAAGUUGUUGUGGCCUCCACCACCACCACCACCACCUUCCCCAGCGCAGGUGGCAGCAGCAGCAGCAGCAGCCUCGGCACAGGCGGUCCAGAAGGAACCGCCUCCACCACCAAACUACUUCAACAACACCCUCAAAGAAUCUCUUCUGUACACAACCGGACUGGGGAGUAUGAUUGGUCUUGGUGUGGCUUCACCCAACUCUGCUUUUACUCAGAUGGUGACAACGUUCGGCCUGGCAGGAAUUGUUGGUUACCAUACAGUAUGGGGUGUAACGCCUGCGCUGCACUCACCUCUGAUGUCGGUGACCAACGCGGUUUCCGGGACAACGGCUGUUGGGGGCUUGCUGCUCAUGGGUGGCGGCUACAUGCCAUCCAACACCGUCCAUACUCUGGCGGCAUUGGCAGCAUUCAUCUCCUCCGUCAACAUCGGUGGUGGAUUUGUCGUCACUCAAAGGAUGCUUGACAUGUUCAAGAGGCCAGAUGAUCCCCCAGAGUACAACUAUCUGUACGGGAUCCCGGCUGCAGGAUUCCUGGGAGGAUACGGCUACACCGCAGCUGCUGGAACCUACCCAGACAUCCACCAGAUGGCGUACCUGGCAGCUGGACUCUGCUGUGUUGGCGCACUCACUGGCCUGGCAUCCCAGAAAACUGCCCGAAUUGGUAAUGUGCUCGGCAUGAUUGGAGUGACGUCUGGCAUUGCUGCCACUCUCGGGAUGUUGAAGCCUGCGCCAGAAACUGUUGCACAGAUGGGAGGCUGCAUGGGCCUUGGUGUUUUGAUUGGUGCGGUUGCGGCGAAGCGUAUCGAGGUGACAGACCUACCCCAGAUGGUGGCGCUGUUCCACAGCCUGGUUGGCGCUGCUGCUGUCCUCACCUGCUUCGCAGAGUACCUGCAAGAGUACCCCCACUUCGCCACUGACCCCGCCGCAAAUGUCAUCAAGACUUUCCUCUUCCUGGGGACCUUCAUCGGUGGCGUCACCUUCACCGGGUCUCUCAUUGCUUUCGGAAAGCUGCAGGGAGUCCUCAAGUCGGACCCACUACUCUUGCCCGGCCGCAACAUGCUGAACAUGAGUAUGAUGCUUGGCAACGUAGGCGCCAUGGGCUACUUCAUGUACAGCCCCAGCAGUGCUGUGGGCCUCUCCAUGCUUGGGACCACCACAGCCCUCUCCAGUUUGAUGGGCGUCACUCUCACUGCUGCCAUUGGAGGAGCUGACAUGCCAGUGGUGAUCACGGUGCUGAACAGCUACUCCGGCUGGGCGCUGUGUGCCGAAGGCUUCAUGAUGGACAACAAUCUAAUGACAAUCGUCGGUGCCUUGAUCGGUUCAUCUGGUGCCAUCCUGUCCUACAUCAUGUGCAAGGCCAUGAACCGGUCCCUUCCCAAUGUUAUUCUGGGUGGCUACGGAACCAGCUCUACCGGGAGAGGCAAACCCAUGGAAAUCACCGGAACUCACACAGAGGUGAAUGUUGACCAAACAGUCGAAAUGAUCCGCGAGGCCAAGAACAUCAUUAUCACUCCUGGCUACGGCUUGUGUGUGGCCAAGGCACAGUACCCCAUCGCUGAGAUGGUGACAUUGCUUAAGAAGAAGGGACAUAACGUACGCUUCGGAAUCCACCCUGUUGCUGGGCGUAUGCCUGGUCAGCUGAACGUGCUGCUAGCUGAGGCGGGUGUGCCCUAUGACAUUGUGUUGGAGAUGGAUGAAAUCAAUGAAGACUUCAAAGACACCGACCUUGUGAUGGUCAUUGGCGCCAACGACACCGUCAACUCUGCGGCCGAGGAGGACCCCAACUCCAUCAUCGCAGGGAUGCCUGUGCUGAGAGUGUGGCUAUCCAAGCAGGUUGUUGUGAUGAAGAGAACCCUGGGUGUCGGAUAUGCAGCGGUAGAUAACCCAAUCUUCUUCAAGGAAAACUCAGGCAUGUUGCUAGGCGACGCUAAGAAGACCUGUGAUGCCCUUUUAACUAAAAUUCGUGAAGAUUAUGAAGAAUAAUGUAGUCUAUAGGUUGUUGACAUCAUGUACAUUUAGAAAUCGGCCAAUUCAUAGUCAAGAUUGAGGUAGCUGUCGCAUUCCCAGGAUCUGAUGAAACUCAUCUGAAAGAUGUAGGUCUCCAGAUUUUCAUACACAUUUCAAUAAAUUCCAGGGAUCUGAUUUUGGGAGGAUGUCAGCUACCUUGAGAAAUGAAUUGACUGUCAUGACUGCGUGUGAGACUGUUGUUUAACACAGUAGCAAGUGCUUGACGAGCGUCUGAGAAAUUGUUUAGUGUAUUUUAUAUUUUUCAUCUAUUACCAUGCGAUCAAAUAACAAAGAGCUGCUUCGCGUAAGGGCUGGAAUCCCACUUGUGAGAUAGUUAGAAGUACUUGAAAUGACUUGUAUUAUCUUGGUAUAUUUAUCAAGCAUUCCGGUCAGGGCUUGGGACUUAAGGUUGUUUUCUACUGAACAUCUCACACAAAAAUAUUUCUUUAACAAAAAUGACUUUCGAGUGUCAUUAAAUAAACUGAGAUCUACUUUUGUUAUAAAGCUGGGCUGUUGUAUUUAUGUGACCAGUGAACCACAUAAAGUGCUGUGUUAAUUAAGUGCUAGCACACUGCUGUAUUUCUCCACAGUUGAGGGAGAUGUAUCGGUGCGAGUCAUACAGUGUGUUACUGAAUGAGGUGAAUAAAAUUCUAAAACCUC